AUGCCACAAUAUAUCCCUUUGCACGAACCGCAGGACCAGCCCACUUGCCCGCAAUGCCACGUCCUCGGCAAGGUUUCCUUCGGCAAACCUUACGAGGAUGAAGCUAGGGAGAUGGAGACUAACUAUCCGUUCCCGCUGUACCUCGUCAUGACGAAAUGGCGCGGCACCGAGGUCCAGUGGCAGCUUAUACGGACCGACAAGAAGGUGCAGAGCAUAGGCUAUAUCGUCUGCCACAAGCCGCCGCCUGCGACUAAGGCGACUAUCACCCAACUGUCGGACAACAUCCACGUGGCCAUCUUGCCCGCCACGAUCCGCAACGCGGUGGCCGUGUGCCGGAAUCUAGGCGAGCCGUAUCUCUGGAUCGACGCCAUGGCGGGCAUCUAUGCCGGAGCAUCGUUGGUGAUUGUGGUAGCAUCGGGGAGCAACAUGUCGUCCGGGCUUGCGGGUGUCGGCACAUCGUCGCCGCGCCCGGCGCAGAGUAGCAGAGUGCUCGUGGGAGGCACUGGCCGAUGCCGCACCUGGCAGCGGCUUGGUCCUAGGGCUUCCAUCCUGGACGUGGGCCGCUUAUCCGUCCAGCUCGAUUUUUGCAACACAUUGUGUCUCUGUUUCCGGCCCGUGUAUAUUGAGCCCGACGAGAAGGCGCGACCAGGGGUCGGGGGUUGUAUUGAUGUUCAGCCCAUCGUGGCUACCAGCGUCGGCGUGAGGGCUUUCAGUUGGGAUGCGGCGGAUAAAUCGCAUGUGCUGGUGGCGAUGAGCCUGUGCCAUGGUCUGAAUUCCGUUUGCAGAAGUCAAGACCAGCAGCAGGAGACGCAGAGCUGGGCCAAGUUAAAAUUUGAAGGCCUCCAGGAGCUGCUCAAGAAUAAGUGGUGUACUUACGGCGACUAUUGGCACGAUAAUUUUGGGCAAGAGGAGACACGGAGGAGCGUCCGCAGAGCUCUAAAUCUGAGCGCUUCAGAGGUGGCCAUGAGACCCGGGAUGCUGAUGACUCGAGCGCAGGUGUCGCGGCUGGCUGUGCGCGUUGUCCACUGGGCCUUGUUGAGCAGCGAGGGAUACGAGAUCUAG